AAAAACAGUACUAGUAAAUAAAAAGAGGAAGAAAGAGAGUAUGAAAAUAGCAGUGCCGACUAGAGAGUAGUGAGAUUUCCAUUUUCCAGCUUGUUCGUUCAUUCCUUCCGCGUUACCUCAACUUCGAUUUCUUUAAUCAAAUCAAAUCAAAUCACCAAAAACCAAAAUCAUCAACAACAACACUUUCAUUCAUUCAGAUCUACGACAAACAAAAUCAAAAUGUUGCGAAUACCCUUUACUUCACUUUCCUUCAUCUUCAUUCUCGCUCUUUCAAUUCUCAAUUUUGCACACUGCAAGACCCUUAAACGUGACGUUAAGGCUUUGAAUGAGAUCAAAGCUUCACUUGGUUGGAGAGUAGUGUAUGCUUGGGUUGGUGAUGAUCCUUGUGGUGAUGGUGAUCUUCCUGCUUGGUCUGGUGUUACUUGUUCCACUGUCGGUGAUUAUCGUGUUGUAACUGAACUUGAGGUGUAUGCUGUUUCGAUUGUUGGACCUUUUCCUACUGCUGUUACAAGCUUAUUGGAUCUUACACGGCUGGAUCUCCAUAAUAACAAAUUGACAGGGCCUAUUCCUCCUCAAAUUGGUCGGUUGAAGCGUCUUAAAAUACUAAAUUUGAGGUGGAACAAACUGCAGGAUGCAAUUCCUCCAGAAAUUGGAGAGCUUAAAAGUUUGACGCAUCUGUACUUAAGCUUCAACAGUUUCAAGGGUGAAAUCCCCAGGGAGCUAGCAGAUCUACCUGACCUACGUUACCUUUAUCUUCAUGAAAACCGUUUGACUGGAAGAAUACCACCAGAAUUGGGCACUCUACAAAACCUUCGGCACUUGGAUGCUGGUAACAAUCAUUUGGUUGGUACCAUAAGGGAACUCAUUCGUAUUGAAGGUUGCUUUCCAUCACUACGCAAUUUAUAUCUAAACAAUAAUUAUUUUACUGGAGGAAUACCUGCACAACUUGCUAACUUAUCCAGUCUUGAAAUCUUGUAUCUUUCCUACAACAAAAUGUCAGGAGUCAUACCAUCUAGCGUUGCUCAUAUUCCUAAAUUGACAUACUUGUACUUGGAUCACAAUCAGUUUUCAGGGAGAAUUCCUGAACCCUUUUACAAGCAUCCAUUUUUGAAAGAAAUGUACAUCGAGGGAAACGCAUUCCGGCCUGGUGUCAAUCCAAUUGGUUUGCACAAAGUGCUUGAAGUAUCUGAUUCAGAAUUCCUUGUUUAAUGAAACUCAAUCUUAUUUUAUUUUUUCUUCCAGAAAGUGUAAUAGUUCAUGUUAUUAUCUCAGUGAAAUAGCCAAAAUAGGUAUUUAAUUUUUUGCCAAAGCUAUAUUGUCGCCAUCAAUAAAUAAUAGUUCUUUUAAGUUUAUUAUUUAUUAUGAGCUUUUCACGUAUGUAGGAAGUUCAUUGCACUAUAGAUAUAGUUAUGUACUCUCGAUUUCAACUUCAAAAAUAGAGGAAGUAUGAUACCACCUAUGUCCUUAAAUAUAGCACCAUUUGGAGAAAACUCUUGUAAUUUUUAAUCAUAUUUCAAGUUACUAAAUAUAUUUGUUAUUUUUUUCGAA